UGUAAAUAUUGACAAAAUAAAGAUUAAUUUUUUUUAAAAACAAAAAGUGAAAUAAAAUACUAAUAAUCUGAAAUAUUUCGGUGACAUUGACAUUUCCGUUUUAUGACAUAAUCACCUCGUCAUCGCAGCUCAGUCUUCUAUCAGUACCAAGUACACGUAGGUUAUUGUUUGACGUUACUUACCGCGCUGAAAAAUGAAUCAUUCGGAUAUCCACAAGAAAAUUGAAAUCAAAGCUAAAAUCCGCGAUUAUGAUAAAAUAAUGGCCGAAGUUCAAGCUAUGUGCUCGUCUCAUGGAGAAAUAAUCCAGCAAGAAGACGUAUUCUUCAAUUCACCCAAUGGUCGAUUAAAAUUGAGGAAACGUUCGGAUUACUCUGUGUACGAGUUGGUUUACUAUGAGAAAUCUUACACCGAAGGACCCAAGUUAUCGUUGUAUUCCAAGUGCAAUAUUCCUCAUGGUGAAGAUUUACUCAACGUUUUGAAGAUGUCUUUAGGAGUGAAAGGAAUCGUAAGGAAGACUAGACGUUUAUUCUUGAUCGAGCAUUCCAGAAUACACAUCGAUGAUGUUGAAGGACUUGGAAAGUACUUCGAAAUCGAGGUUUCUCUCACCAAAGAUCAGACACCUGAAGAAGGAGAAGAGGUGGCUAAAAAUACCAUGGCUAAGUUAGGAAUACCUCCUACCGAUGUGGUAACCGGCUCAUAUUUGGAUAAUUUACACGAAUCGAUUUCUGACGAAGUAUAGAUCAUCAAUCAUCAUCGUUGUUGAUCUUUUAGACACCAUACAUAUUACCGUUUUUAAAAUGGUCACCGCUUAUUAUACGUCUAAUUUACUUAAUUAUUUUGUUAUAAUCAGGAAUUACGAUUCGGCCUAAAAAGUAUGCCCACCACGCCAGAAUACUCUGUUCAAAAAAUCAAUUUCAAAUAUCACUUCUGCAGAGUCAAUUACAUAAAUUUUGUCAAUUCCAUUACAAUAAUUUGAAUUUAAAAAGGAUCAAUAGUUCCUAAAACGAUUACCAAAUCAAUUUUUGAAAUUUGCGUCCGAAAAUUCACCCUUCACUAGUCAUAUUUACCUAUUGCACCAUUAUUACUAUUUAAUCGUUACGUCGUUAAGCCAAAUUCCAUUCAGCCUUCCUUUGAAAAAGCUGUACCUGGUACGUAUAGUAGUGUACAUACAUUGCUUUGUUCAAUUGUCUUCCCAUUUUUGAAGUAUUCUUCAAGGUCUGCUGUCUGCUGCGGUAGAGUUUGAACAUCUCUGUGAUCUUCCCGAAUUGUUUUCCUAGUCACUGUGCAUAUAUUUGCUAGGUAUUAUUUAGUACUUAACGAUUUAUUUAACGAUAGAGCACAAUAUUUAUGUAUUUAAUUGGAAGUUGAUGCAUUUAUUAUGUUUGUUUUAAUGUUGUUUGAGAAAUUUUGAGCUUAUUCUUGUGUUAUGUAUUUUUUUUCGAGUAAGUCAAAAUAUAGCUAAAUAUUGUUUGCAA